AUGGCAGAGAAGGCUCCCCCUGGCCUAAACAGGAAGACUUCCCGGUCGACCCUGUCUCUUCCUCCAGAACCCGUGGACAUUAUCAGGAGCAAAACGUGCUCUCGGAGAGUGAAGAUCAACGUGGGAGGCCUCAACCACGAGGUCCUGUGGAGAACGCUGGACCGGCUGCCCAGGACGCGGCUGGGCAAGCUCCGCGACUGCAACACGCACGAGAGCCUCCUGGAGGUGUGCGACGACUACAACCUGGGCGACAACGAGUACUUCUUCGAUCGCCAUCCAGGGGCCUUCACGUCCAUCUUGAAUUUCUACCGGACAGGGAAACUGCACAUGAUGGAAGAGAUGUGUGCGCUCUCAUUUGGCCAGGAGCUUGAUUACUGGGGGAUUGAUGAGAUCUACCUGGAGUCCUGCUGCCAAGCCAGAUACCAUCAGAAGAAAGAACAAAUGAACGAAGAAUUGAGGCGAGAGGCGGAGACCAUGCGAGAGCGAGAGGGGGAGGAGUUCGACAACACCUGCUGCCCAGAGAAAAGAAAGAAGCUGUGGGACUUGCUGGAGAAGCCCAACUCCUCAGUGGCUGCAAAGAUCUUAGCCAUCGUGUCUAUCCUGUUCAUCAUCCUUUCCACCAUCGCUCUGUCUCUCAACACACUACCAGAGCUGCAGGAAAUGGAUGAAUUUGAGCAACCCAGUGACAACCGUCAGCUGGCACACGUGGAAGCUGUGUGCAUUGCUUGGUUCACCAUGGAAUAUCUUUUGCGCUUCCUGUCCUCGCCCAAUAAGUGGAAGUUCUUUAAAGGCCCACUGAACAUCAUCGAUUUGUUGGCCAUCUUGCCGUACUACGUCACCAUAUUCCUCACAGAGUCCAACAAGAGCGUGCUGCAGUUUCAGAACGUGAGGCGUGUGGUCCAGAUCUUCCGAAUCAUGCGCAUCCUCCGGAUCUUGAAGCUUGCCAGACACUCGACAGGUCUGCAGUCCCUGGGCUUCACCCUGAGACGCAGCUACAACGAACUGGGCUUGUUGAUACUAUUUUUAGCCAUGGGGAUCAUGAUAUUCUCCAGCCUUGUAUUUUUUGCUGAGAAGGAUGAGGAUGCUACCAAGUUCACUAGUAUCCCUGCAUCUUUUUGGUGGGCCACCAUCACCAUGACCACCGUGGGCUAUGGUGACAUCUACCCAAAGACAUUAUUGGGGAAAAUUGUGGGUGGUCUGUGCUGUAUUGCCGGAGUUCUGGUGAUUGCUCUACCUAUCCCAAUCAUCGUGAAUAAUUUUUCUGAAUUUUACAAGGAGCAGAAACGCCAGGAGAAGGCGAUUAAGAGGAGAGAAGCUCUUGAGCGGGCCAAACGGAAUGGAAGUAUUGUGUCCAUGAAUUUAAAGGAUGCCUUCGCUCGAAGCAUGGAGCUGAUUGAUGUGGCCGUGGAGAAAGCCGGAGAGUCAGCCAAUACCAAGGACUCAGCCGAUGAUAACCACCUGUCUCCAAGCAGGUGGAAGUGGGCCAGGAAGGCCCUGUCAGAGUCCAGCUCCAACAAGUCCUUUGAGAAUAAGUACCAGGAGGUGAGCCAGAAGGACUCCCACGAGCAACUGAACAACACCUCUUCCUCUAGCCCACAGCACCUGAGUGCCCAGAAACUGGAGAUGCUCUACAAUGAGAUCACCAAGACACAGCAGCACUCUCACCAGGCCCCGGACAGCCAGGAGCAGCCUGAGAGGCCGGCUGCCUUCCAGGAAGAGAUAGAAAUGGAAGAAGUGGUCUGCCCUCAGGAGCAGCUGGCCGUGGCGCAGACCGAGGUCAUCGUGGACAUGAAGAGCACCUCCAGCAUCGACAGCUUCACGAGCUGUGCCACCGACUUCACCGAGACCGAGAGGUCGCCUGUGCCGCCACCCUCCGCAUCUCACCUGCACACAAAGUUCCCCAUUGACUUCCCAGGGACAGAAGAGCACCAAAGAGCCAGGGGUCCCCCGUUUCUGACACUCACCCGGGAAAAAGGACCCACCACCGCCAGGGACGGCACCCUGGAUUAUGCCCCUGUGGACAGAACUGUAAACCUCGAGGCUGCUGGCCCCCCAUGCGGGCUCCUUGGGUCACUGCAGUCUGACAGUGCUGCCACCGAUAGCCCCAAGAGCUCGCUAAAAGGCAGCAACCCACUCAAGUCCAGGUCCCUCAAAGUGAACUUUAAGGAAAGCAGAGGCAGUGCCCCCCAGACCCCGCCCAGCACAGCCAGGCCGCUGCCAGUCACCACAGCGGACUUUUCACUCAGCACCCCGCAGCAUAUCAGUACCAUCCUGCUGGAGGAGAGCCCCGCCCAGGCAGAUAGGCCCUUCCUGGACUCUCAGGCCCUAGCACAUUGUCCGGGACUUGCCAAAGGGCCCUCCCCUCGGUUCCCCAAGCAGAAACUCUUUGCUUUCCCUUCCAGGGAGAGGCGGAGCUUCACCGAGAUAGACACAGGGGAAGAUGAAGAUUUCUCAGAGCUCCAAACGCCAAGAGCGGACAAGCCGGCAGACGCCAGCCCCAAUUGCUUGGCAGAGAAAGCUCUGAGUGAAGAGGGCUGUGCUGGCUCUUCCUCGCCCCAGAGCACAGGUCGCAACUGUAGGCAAGACACUUACCAUGCUGCGGGUGAAGUCCAGAAAGACAGUAAUCAAGAAGGGUACAAUAUGGAAAACCACUUGUUCUCCCCAGAAAUCCAGUCCAACCCAGAAGACACAGGUUACUGUCCCUCCCGGGAAACCAGCAUGUAA